AUGCUUUUCCAGUUCUGCUACGGCGUCGUUUGGACUCCGGUCGUCGGCUACGUGUCUGGCGAACCCAACGAGCUGAAGCUGGAUGACGAUGAAAGAAUCAUCCAGGUGUCUGGGAAGUACACUCAGUACAUCCAGUCGCUGGUCUUUGUCACCAACAAAGGUCGCUCCCUGCAUGUCGGCCAGCCUGCUGGCUCUGCCUUCAACAUGUAUCCGACCCACCCGGACGCCGAGCUGCGUUUCCUCAGAGGCCGGGUCAGUGGGCCGCCCACUGCCCUCCAGGCCCACUGGGCCGUCCUCGAUACCAACAGCAGCGAGGGUAAUUGAGUGAAAAAAAUCAUGUUCAAACUGAUAUUCUCUCCACACUGUUUGGAUGAUCUUUACUUUAAUUUGCAAAAUGUUUCCUCAUAUAUUCAAAUUUAAAUUAAGAUCUGCUUCAAUGAAAAGACAAUUUGUGUUUAUUUUCACUGGAAAUUCUAAUUUUGCAUUUUGCUCUGCAGGU